CCCCGCCCCGGCGCGCCGCUGAAUGAAGUGUUGGGGCGUCGGGAGCAGGCGAGGGGAGCGCAGCUCGCCAGGGGACACAUCCGGCCAGCCGCGCCCGCUGGGGAAGGGGGAGCCAUAGGAAGGCGGCGAGUAGAAGCUGGGCAGCUGCCGCCCGUGUCUCCUUCCAGCCUCCCGGCGCCUCUCCCAGGGACUGCCGCCGCCGCAGCCUCCAUAGCCUCCUCUGGCUAACGGCUGUCCGCGCUCCGCCAGCGCCAGCCGCCUCGGUGCCUGCAUCGCGCCCGGGGGCACCGGCCAGCGCCAGCCGCCUCGGUGCCUGUAUCGCGCCCAGGGACCCCGGCGGCAGGUGCCUGCCCAUCGCUCUCUGCCCGUCCCCGGAGCAGCGCCCAGCUCCCCCGGGGAGUCCAGCAGCCUCCCGCGGGCGGGGCUGAGCCCCUCCGCCUCCCGCCUGCCCGCCGCCGCCGCAGCCCCCGUCUCGCCUCCCCGAGGCCCCCGCAGUAGCCAAGACGCCGCGGGCCGUGCUCCGAGUGAAGAAUGGGGCGUCGAAGCUGCCCAAGCCGCAGGCGGCAGCCGAGGCCCCCGGCAGCGCCCCCGGCCCCGGGCUCUUCAUGGAGCGCUCGCAGAGCCGGCUCAGCCUGUCCGCCUCCUUCGAGGCCCUGGCCAUCUACUUCCCCUGCAUGAACAGCUUUGACGAGGAGGACGCGGACGGAGAUGGCCGGAGACUAAAAGGUGCUAUCCAGCGGAGCACAGAAACUGGUCUGGCUGUCGAAAUGCCAAGCCGGACGGUCCGUCAAGCCAGCCACGAAUCCAUUGAAGACAGUAUGAACAGCUAUGGAUCUGAAGGAAACUUGAAUUUCAGUGGAGUCCAUCUGGCAUCUGCUGGGCAGUUUAGUGACUUCUUGGGGAGCAUGGGUCCUGCACAAUUUGUUGGUCGUCAGACCUUGGCCACCACCUCCAUGGGAGAUGUGGAAAUUGGUUUACAGGAGCGAAAUGGACAGCUAGAAGUGGAUAUCAUUCAGGCACGAGGACUGACCCCCAAACCCGGCUCCAAAACCCUUCCAGCUGCUUACAUCAAGGCAUAUCUACUAGAAAACGGAGUGUGCAUUGCAAAAAAGAAGACAAAAGUGGCUCGAAAAUCAUUAGACCCCCUGUACAACCAGGUGUUACUGUUUGCGGAGAGCCCACAAGGCAAAGUAUUACAGGUGAUAGUCUGGGGGAACUAUGGACGCAUGGAGCGCAAACACUUCAUGGGAGUUGCCAGGGUUCUCUUGGAAGAACUGGAUUUGUCAACUUUAGCAAUUGGCUGGUACAAGCUUUUCCCUACCUCCUCGAUGGUAGAUCCCACUACAGGUCCGCUUCUGCGCCAGUCUUCACAGCUUUCCUUGGAGAGCACAGUGGGACCCUGCUGUGACAGGUCUUAAUGAGCAAGGAAGGGGGGAACUGCUUCUGUUUUUUAAACAUGCUGUCAAGGUUUUGUUUGCUGGAACUCUGACCUCAAGUGCAUUGCAUGUUCAAUCAGUUCUUGAGGAGCUGGAAGAGUGACCUUAGACAGAAGACAAGGGGGAGGGCCGUAUGCCCUCUCCAGCCAAGUAGCAGGUGCCACGGGGCAUGAGUCCUAGUUGUGAAAUUAUACAUACACCUCUUGUUUCACUUCUCUGGGUGUCAUUCAUGCACCCUUGUUUCAGAUCAGUAUUAACCCUAAAAAAUUGCAGCUUUAUUAUUUUAUUUUUUUGAGCAGGGAAGAUAUUUUUCUUAACUUUGUUUUAGAAAUUCAUAAAACAUAGAAUUUUUUUUUGACAAUGCCUGAAAGAUUCGAAAGCAAACAUCUGAUCUGAAAAGAGCAGGAAUGGACCGUUUCACAGGAUUUUUUUUUAUAAGAUCUAUCUCCUUACAAAUCCAUAAAAAAAGAAAAAAGGAACUACAACUAUCUUUAGAAAAAAAUCCACAUCAAAGAAUCGUGUUAGCUAUAAAACGAUUGUUGCCAUGGUUUUAAACUGUGCCAAAUUACCAGCAAGUGUCUUUAAUACAGUACUGGCUAACACUGCUGCUGAAGCAUGUUCGAUGGGAAUACAAGUGGAGUAUGCUUUGGUUAGACCGGACAGUUCUAAUGGAGGAGGCGAGCUAACUAAUUAGCUGCAAUUCUGGUCACUGGAAAUGUGAGUCAAACAUCAGACUUGCAGUUUGAGAUGUGAUUUACUAGCACAUUGUCAGAUACGACAUUUCACAAUUUACAAACCCCCAUAGUUUUUGCUGCUCAUUCCUCCAUCAUGGUGGUUUCUAGCUUCUGCAUUCUGUUCCUUCUUUCUGGGUACAUAUCUUGUGAAGUGCCACCCUCCUCUGCUAACACGCCAUGCUAUGAACUGACCUGAAAUAAUACCAUUUUAUUUUACUACAGGGAAGGAGGGUGUAGCAAAGAAAAACCUCAGUUUGCCACCCAAGAAGGGGUGCUAAUGAGCACAUGCCUCUCCUCUCUCUUUUAAAAAAAAAAAAAAUUGUGUUGCUUAAGGCAAUCCCAUUAACACACAGGCAUUGUCAAGUGAACCACAGGAGGAGGAUGCCUUCCCCAAAGUACAGACUCAGGAGAGCAGUUGGGGAAAUCUAACAGACGUAGUAGUCACAGCAUGUAUAUUUUGUUGAUUAAGAACAGCAAAAAGGUGCAUCAGAUGUUAAUUGUAGAGCAAAUCCUGUAGGUUAAUGCAGUAAAGAGAAGUACUGUACAUUCUAUCAGCUGCUAAGCAGAGAGCAGCUUUCUCAAACAGUCACAUGUGCUAGAUUAGUGGGGUAUUUCUCUAGAUAUAAUAGAUCAUUCAGGUGAUUCAAAAUCUUAUGCUUGGAGACACCCAUUCCCCAAAACUGUGGAGCAUUUUUAGGAGUCUGGAGUAUCUCAAAGACUUCGUGGCAGUUAAGCUUUUUCUACUAGGGGUUUUUCUUGUAAUUUUUAAUGAAGACUUGACUGCUGUCUCAAAGUGGUUUGCUAUUUUAGGUGCAAGGAAGUAUUUUAUUCUGUGAUUUAAGAACCUGAGGUCCCCUGUAAUGUUUAGGAGCCAACGGAUUCCUGACCUGUCACUGCAACACACUGACAGUUUCUCCAUGCAGACCACAAAUAAGUAAGAAUAAAGCAUGAAGUUGCAUAAGAUGGAGAACAGAGCUGCUUAUGGUUAUAUCUGAGGGAUUUAAAAUGAUUCUGAAAUAAUAGCAAUAUUAAUAAUAAAAGAAUAGUAGCAAAAAUAAUGGACCCAACAAUAUGCUUUGUAAAAAUUGCUGUAAUGUUUGGGGGAGGGAGAGUACAUAAACCUGAGAAUUUUAAGAGUCUUAAAAUGACAAGCUCCAACAUUUCAGUCCGAUCUCUUAAUUUCCUUUGACAAAUAUGUCUCUAGCCUCAGUCUAAUUAUUUUUUCUAACUGUAUUAGGCAAUUUCUAUAUAUUAGCUAAAGAAAGUUUGUUGCAUGCUUUUUUUAAAAAAAGCACAUUUACUGUAAUUCAAGUCAACACCUUUUCCUCUUGGUAUGUAGUGAGAACUAGGCAAUAUUGUACAAUGUGUGUAUGAACUAGAUUAGAUUAGGUAGAUUUAGUGGUUUGUAGCACUGGAUCUUUUAAUAACUAUGUCUUUAAAAGGACUAUGGGAAAAUUAUAAAUACAUUCCAAACCUGAAAACUGAAUUACAGGGGUUUUAUCUUCAGUUGCUUUGAAAAUUUUAUCUGGGUAUUUUGUUUGGAUACUAUCUACCUGUAUAACUAGUUAGUAACAUUUUACCUGUGUCCAGUAAGAGGCAUGCAACGUUUUUCCCCACAUGUUUUGAUUGGGAGUGGGAGGAAUAAAUAUGCCAAAAAGCAUCUCAAGAAAUCUCCUUUUGGGACUGGCAGUUGGAAGGCUCAAUUCCUCCGUGAAUAGCAAAUUCCACAUUUUGGGAUCCCACCUCCUCCAAAAACUGCAAGCUCAAAUGUGAUUCGUUUAGUUAAAUAUAGGACUACUCAACGCUAUAGACUGUCUUGUUUGUGUUUGUUAUCACAUUAAAAGGUCACUGUCCGGUUAAAACCCCUAUUUUUAAAAAUAUAUAUUUUCUCUUCUGUGUUAUUUUAUUAACACCAGACAUUAUUACAAUUGAAAGCUGUGUUAACCAUCUAUUUUACGCUGUCUUGCUUAUCUUCUGCAUUUCUCACAGCUUAGAUAGUGAUAAUAGACUAGUCAGUUUUAUGGUUUCUCGUGCACAAGGGGAAUGCUACAGUGUCUGAGUUUCAAACACUCAAGGAUUGUAUUUACAGCAAAUAAAAAUGUUUUUCACUGGGAUUAAAACAAAACAAAUCACAGAAACCCUUCUAAUGGUUCACAAUCAAAGAGCUUAAGGCCAGGGGGAAUCAUUAUCAUCAUCUCUAGCUUUCUAGCAAAACCUCCUGCAUGCCUCAGGUGGGACAGUUUCACCCAGUACUUCCUGCAUUGAGCUCAAUAAUAUGUAGUUAUAGAGAAAAUCUUGUAGCUAGGUAUCCUGUCUUGAUUUAAGGACUCCAAGUGAUGGAGAGUUCAGCAGGGUCUUACACUUGGAAAAGUUGAUUUUUGGAAAACUAAACUUUUUGGUCAGAUUUGACCUGACAGUCUCUCUCUAAGAUAAUGUGAUAUGGUAGCUCUAACUUUUGCCCUGGUCACUUAGAGUUUGUUAAAGUAGCGUUUGACUAGAGCAGCUAGCAUCUGAAACCUGAACAAAGGUCCACCUGUGAAAGACAAAACAGUUGUUUUGUGUCUUAAAUCUAGGUGUUAGUUAUGUUUUGUUUUUAAGCAAAGGAAUUGAUAAUGUUUUUGAUCUGAGUAAAGAUGAGGGGUGGGUAUGGGGACAGAUUAUUGUGUGCUCAGCACAGGGCUAAUUCUCCAUUUCUUCCCUACCUAAAGCUGCCCUUAACGUUCAUGGGAGGUUCAAUUGCAAAAGGAAUGGGGGGUCAAUCCCUGGAUGUUACCUUCUUUGCUAUCUAUCCUUUUGCUUUAAGGAAGUGAUGAUGGUUAUAUCCCUAAGGGCAAAAUGACCUUUCCUGAUGAGAAUUUCAUGAACAAGGAGAGCAGAAUAUUGGAACUGAAACCUGUUGUACAGAUUUCCCUUGUUUGUAGUGUGAACACACUGAAAUUGUGACUCUGUGAUCAGUCCUGGCUUCUUCAGGCCAAAAUGUGAUUUUUUCCAAUCUCCUGGCAUUGCUUUCUCCUUGCCCUGACCCAGCUGGCAUGAUAUAGAGACAAAAUAAGGUGCUGAUCUUGUAGUUGAAUCCAUUGAUUCAGAUUCUAGCACCUCCAUGGAUCCAAGCAUAAGGGUUUGUCUGUGUGGAUCCAGUUGCAGGAUCAGGGCUAAGCAAACUUUGGGCUGCCUGCCCAACCUAUGCAUCCCAACUUCUUGGCAAAGGAUUUUUGAAGGAAAAUCACUGAAUUCUUUGAGUGACUAUAUAUAUUUAAUGUUCUUAAUUACUGGAUCCUUUAUCAAGGUACUGUUUAAAAGUUGUAGGUUUUCUGGCGUCAGACUGUCACUAGUUCAUAUAAAGGAACUAUUUAUAAGGUUGAAGCAGUUGGCAGAAUCUCGACCAAAGCAUGUUUGGUAAUCUGUGGACAGAAAGACAACUUUUUAUGAAAUUCAUUUUAAGUUAGUUUAUUACACACUUAUUAAUAUUUUACAACAGGAGAAAUAUUUUUCUUUAAAGACAAAAUGAUGUAUGAUUUUUAACUGACAUAAUUUAGCAUUUUCAAAAAUGUUUUAUGAUCUUGGUAUGAAGUUCUUUUGAGUCAUAUGUUCCAUGUUAUAUUUUAUCAACUUAAAAAAAAAAAGCGCAUAUGUAAAUAAUUACCAGGAAAGAGUCCUAUAGAACGUUCUGUAAACUGAUCAUUGAAUUGUUAGAAAUAUUUGUUACCGUUCAUAAAGUCUCAGCUGUUAUCCAAGCCUUUGUUGAAGAAAUUGAUGUAGUAUUUUCAAGAUGAAAACUACUUAGCUAGUUUUGUCAUAACCCUGUAUUCUGUAUAAAAAUCUUUUUAUAACGAGAGUCUAAAUAGGCUAACAAGCAAUAAUAUAUUCCAUUUAAUGUGCACAGAUUGUGACUUGCAGGCUGUAGUACAUAUUGUUGAUAACAGUAGAUAACUGUCUUAUUAAAUACAUCACUUCUGAAAAGAUCCAUAUUAAUUUAGAAUAUAUGGUUAAUAAAAAUGAAGAUUGGCCUAUUGCCAUGUGAGAAACAUUCAUUACAAUAUAGACUCUGCGUAAACAAAUUUGCUCAUUGAAAAAAGAUAUUUUGAUGAAGAAUGAAAUGCAACUGUAGGUGACUUCAUACUACAGUUUUUAAAAUACUUUGAGUAUAAACUUUAUGAAUA